UCAAAUUGUCUUGUCAGUCCCACGUAAAAAUCUGGAUUUUAAUUAAAAUAAAUUAAUAAAAGGCUUUAAAUUUGAUUUUAAAGAUUAUGGAAGAUGUAAAUUAUUCAACCCUUGAAAUUUUCAUCGUGUAAAAUCCUAUUACCUAAGUGAUGACGUUGAAUAAGGACUAUGUAACCUUAAAAGUGCAAAAAGUCAAUAGAAACAAACUUUGUCGUCUCAUUGUUUGAUUUUUAUCACCACCACAAGCAAACAACUUUGAUAUGUCACAUUUCGGUGAUUUCAUGGACGGCGUUCCCGUUAAAAUAUCAGAGAAGUACAAACGACCUCCUUCAAUCGAAUUGCCUUAUAGCGUAAGCGAAUGUCCACAGCGAGCCAGAAAUGUCGUCGAAAGCGUUAAAUAUUGCUCAACCUUCGAGACGAAUGUGCUCGCCAAGCUUAAGGAGCUCAGGAGUGCGAAAGAGACGAAGAAAAAUGAGUGGAGGCAUCGCUUGCAGCUGCUGCAGGAGGCCAAACAAAAGAAACUGGACGCGAUCGCGGCCGCCGAGGCCGAGGAGAAGCUCAAGCAGCUGAGUGUGUCUGAAGUGUCCUACCCUAGCACCGACGAGAUCAGUGCUCUGUCGCUUGACGACAAGGCCGAGCACACCUGUGAUACCACCCACAAACAAGAUAGCCCUGAGAUAAUAGAGACAACCAAUGAACUCACCUAUCCCUCCUGUAGCAACGCACAAGACUCCCAACCGAACAUCCUCCAGCCCAUUCAGGUGCAGACGAGCUACCAUCAAAACAGCCUCCUGGAUGAUCCAGAUCCCUUGCAAGAGUUAAAGAUGACUGCUAAAAUAACUAAGAUGCCACAGUAUAGUAAUAUAGACAUGUUGACUUAUAAAGAUUUUGAAAAUGAUACCUCGAGUCCGUUUGAUAAUGUUGAACUGAAGACAAUAAAUGAUAUGGAACUGUUAGCUCAAGUGUUACAGAGCCAGAGAGAUUCCUCCACAAGUCAACCACAGACCUAUGUGCCGGAAACAUAUACAAACUUGCCUAACUGUGCAUCCCAAGCGCACUUGGAGGCUAUGACGUAUUUGCCUAAUUCAUACAAUAUGGAGCAGCCAAUUCAGGGUCAAAGUGUCAUGUAUUUGCCCCAACAUUAUCCUGUUUCAAAUGGUUACUAUGUACCAGCAGAAAGCACCUGUGAUAACCCUAUGCCAAUGGAAAAUAUGAAUAUGUACAUGCCAAAUUACCAAUAUUAUGUUCCUACAAAUCCAUAUCCCACAGUGGAUCCCACAUAUUAUGGCAACCAACUACCAACAACAUCAGAUUUGAAUCCAGCAGCGAAUGGCUCCACUUACAUACCCCAACCAUAUUAUUUCCAAGUUCCUCAAAUACCAUAUUCUCCAGAAAACUCAGGUUACAGCACCAUACCAGAGCAAACUGUUCCGGUUAAUAGUCAUAAUGAGUCAACUAACUCCCAAAGCACUAUUAAGUCAAGAUCUAGAAGUGUGCCUGAUAUAGUUCGCGAGCUAAAUGAAGAGUUAGCAUCGGCUAAAUUAAGAUCAAAUGAGAGAUCAUGCACUACAAGUCCUGCUCCUAAAAACAUCCAGAAUGUUCCUCGUUCCUCUUUCAGCAGCGACAAGAAAGAGGAAAGGAGAAGUAGAAGGAAGUCUGAGAGACUGCCCAAUCCGUUUGAUAAGUUGCCAGCUCAGCAACAGAGUAUGUGUCAAAAGAUUCAUGGAAUGGGCUUCCCACUUGACAGGGUGGCAAGAGUUUGUGGCCUUUUAGGUGAUAAUGACAAAAAGGUGAUCGAAGGACUUUUAAUACUCGGUGAUUUGAUGGACCUCGGCUUCUCGGAGGGAAGAGUUCUGGGAGCACUGGCCAAGCAUGAGUUCAACAGGGACAAAGCACUGGAUGAGCUGGUAUCGUAAUCGAGGACAGUGUUCAGUAAGGGAUCAACUUGACUAACUUUUCCUAAAUCAAAGUCUUUGAUUUAAAAAGUUUUCAACUGAAGAUUAAGAAUUGAUUGUGAAAUUCAGGGUUGAUUAUUUAUUUAGUCUGUUGAAGUUCUUAUAUCAUAAACCUUUGAAUACACUCUAAACACUGCCUUGAAAUAUUAAAAUUGUAUGAUAAUUAUAAAAUGUAUAGUAUUAGUAUUCACUACUGCAUUGUGGCCUUUAAUUUUGACAGGUCUAAUUGUUAUCUGGUUUCAUGUUAAAGACAGUUAUCUGGCUAUUGGAUCCUAACAUUAUGAAUAUUCAUCUGUAUCAAUAUUCAAAAGACUAUUUGAGAUAUCAAAAUCUACUUUCUGAAAAGCAUUUCCAUGUUACAUUGUCACAUACUCAUGGAUAGUUGAUAUUUAUACAAAUAUGUGAUACCUACUUUAUUAUAACAAAGAAGAUAACAAUGUCAACAAAAUAAUAUCACAAAUCUGGAUUUUUCCAAGUCCUAUAUAAACUAUGUAUAU